CCGGGCGACCUUCGCCGCACAUUGAGUGAGUGCGAAGUGCGUGAACAGCCGAACAGCUUAACGUUCAACAAUGGAUAAAAAGUGUCAGGAUAACAGAGCCAGCCAGAAAAAUAGCAACAAUCCGGAAUACUGGAAAGUCAGGGGAUAUCAAGAUCGGCCCAAAGACUGGAAAGAUCAAUGCAGUAAAAGCUUCUCAAGUAUGUCUAAGGAUGCCCAAGACUACAGAUCGAGACAGAUGAAUCCGAAUAACCAAGCCUACUAUAAAAAGUAGCGUUACGGUGGUGGUUACCUCUGCAAUCCAUAUAUAAUGAUCUGCUCCAUGGGAUAAACCAGUACAUUUUGCUACUUUUUCAGUAGUAAUGCUUUAGUCUUAUCUUUAUAGGGAUUAGAAAGCAUGUUUAGGUGUUUCUCUAACAUAUGUAUAUCCCAACAGAUAAUGUUACGUUGAAUAAUAUAUGAAAUAUUAUAGGCACAGUACUUCAUCGCUAAUAUUUCACAACUCAAGCGUCAUAGGAAUCAUUGUAAAUGAUAACACUAUAGCUUUUUGUUCCCCUCCCAACGGAAGAGCGAUCAAAUCCCGCCUAUAAACGAGGACAAUACCUAGUCAGUGAUACUAUAUGCAUAUCAGGUGAUGUUUAGACUGGGUAAUAUUAGUAUAUUAGCAGACUGUAUACAUAUUAGAGUUGUUCCUAAUCAUUGAAGAAUAUAUGUUCAAAUUCUACCAAUGAGAAGGCAUCUUAAACUAGUGAAUAAUUAAACGGUUUGUGUAAAAUGGGUGCCAAUUCCCAUAUUAAAUCAGAAAUACGUCAUAAAUCACUUGGUUUAGCUACAAAAUCCUAUUUUUUCCUUGGCAUCCGAACACUGUUAGCGACCAUGGUCAUAAAAUGCAUAAAUGGAAAAUCUGAUACUAUUUCUAGAUUGAUAUGACAGCAAUUAAAUGAUCAUUUUAUUGGAAGGAACAGUGACUCACUUUUGCUGUACUAAAUUCUGCUUGACAAAUUCUUUGAGGACAUAAAUAAAAUUACAGAAUGCUUAUUCUUUAACUGACAUCGAUCAAUAUUCAACUAACUUGCUAAAUCAUGCGAAAAACCCUGUUCCUUGAGCCAACCCUGUUAACAGAGAGCUCAAGGACGACCUACUUCUUACUGUUAACAGGGAGAUAUGGCGCACUCUAUUGGACGGUAGCACGACUACGCGACCGCGCCGCACCGCGGUGACGGUGGCAAGGGUAGGAGUAGUCGCCCUACUGGGCAGUAGAGGGCGCGAGACCUCCCUGUUAACAGGGCUGGCUCAAGGAACCGGAUUUGUCGCACGGUAGUCAAGCAAAUAGAUUAUUUACCCGAUGUUUGUUAGAGUUAAAACCUGGAGUAUAUGAUACAUAUCAACAAAACUUAGGUCCUCGAUCGUCAAAUUGUUGGGCUUGUGUUGAUCAGUAAACCAAUAAUAAGGGCGGACGAAUUGAGAGCCGCCUUUGCUGUGACGCGGCUUGAAUGACAUUUGAAGAGGGUUACUCAAAACUUACCCUCUUCAAUAAAAAAACGGGAUAUAUUAACGGAAUGCCGUUAUGAAAACUAGAAGGUAUAGUGAAGUAAUCUGAGAAAAGCAAUAUUAAAUGUACAGAUAUUUUAUGAUUUUGUAGUUUAGUUGUGCUGAGGCUAUCAUCUGACUAGAUAGGGAAUUGAAAGAUUUAAUAGACUGACGAGGUGACUGUAUUUAUUAUUACGCUUAUUUAUUCUUACGUAUAGCAAAUAAUUCGAAUCAAGAGUAUAGUAUAUAUGUAGUAUAUAUAGUAUAUAGUACUUUGAAGUUGAGUCAUUAAUUUUCAGAUAAUGAUUGUAGAAGGAAGAUAAACCAAAAUAUGUGUGUAAAAAUAAAAAAAAUAAAAAAAAUGUUACCUUUUUUUAUAAAGUAUCCUCCCGACAAGUAUUUCAGUGCGGACCUGUAUUUGAUCGUGCGGUCUUGGAGCACCGGCAUGCCCUCCCCUGUGAGGUCUUAAGUCACCUGAUUCACGAGCCCUUUGUACUACAUUAACAAAGGCCGCGGCAGCAUUUUGUAAAGACUCCCCCCCUCCGUAAAUAAGAAUCAUGUCCACAAGUUCAGCAUUUUCGUAAACAUGUGCCAUUUUUUAUUUCGUUUGAGCCACGCAACAAACACCACUAUUCACUCACGCGUUACCGACUGACACAUUGACUGAAUACAACUGAAUAAAAUUGUAGCAAAAACAUCGUGAUAAGCGUUUCAAAUUCUUUCGCUUUUUUGUUUCCGAUGCGAUGAACCGAUAAGGCGGAUUAUAUCCGUUGUUGCCAAACACGAGCACAUAAUAUUAUUAUUGAGACAGGGCGGUACUCAAACUUCUAAAGGGCUAUAACUUUGUUACUUUAAUUUUACCACAAAAAUGUUAAAGGAAAAAACAUUUCUUUUGAUCAGAUCUACUCAC